AGGUACUGCUCGUAGUGUUUGUACUGCUUCGGCAUGGCUUCGGAAAAAUUGAAAUGGAUUUUCCUCACAAAAAAAGAUGCGAGUGAGCUUUCACUGUUUAUCGCAAAACCACUUUAUGGGUCUAAAAAUGUGCAGUUAUAAUCCAAGCAAAACCGCAACACCAAGCAAAAUCAUGAAKAGACAGUCGCAAGAACAGCAGUCGCAACAGACAGAUGGAUCUAACGUUGGUCAGCAAAGCACAAGCGAUAACAACAACGAUGAGAUCGCACAAAACGGAAGCCGCAAUUCCACUGCAAAUUUAGAAUCAGAAGGAUUGGCAUCUUCCCCGGAUGAGGAUUUUUCAUCAUCGGGAAGCACAGGCGAGACGAUUUCGAGCUCAAUGACGAAUAAUAGCAACAAGAACGAUGAAGGAGUUGGUACCCUUCGCGAAUAUGACGUCCUCAUGGGACGGGGAUCAGGACCAAACCGCCACGAGGGGAACAUUCACUUCCGAGCAAUUGUGGGGGAAGUUUUCGACGAGUUUUUGUCCCAGACCAUUGGCGCUAGCGAUAGUCUCAACAGCAGAGGAAGAUCUGAGAUGCUCCGAAUCGAUCCCUCCACUAAAAAUCGAUUGGCCCAGGCAGUUCUGGACAAGAUCACGAUUGAGAAGAAUGGUCGCUUUCUACAAAAGCUAACUAAGAAAGAAAUCUUAGAUGCUACCAGUAAGGGAACGUCAUCUGAUUUGAUCAGGGCUCGGGCUAAUUCAAUGGAUGCAGCAGCCAUGACAGCCGAAGCUAUGGCGGCAGAAGCAUCGGCGACAGAAUCAGCUAGCGAGAGCGACAUCAAAGAAGAUGCCAACAACCAGGAAACCAUCAACACUAUUGUGUACUACAAGAUUAUUCCCGAGAAACAAAUUCUGGCAAAGAUCAAGCAAACUUUUCGAUUCCUGCGGGACAAAAAUGAGGCCUCCUACUUCGCCGAAAAACACCGCCAACGUGCGAAGCGUAUGGCUUGCCGUGGGAACUCCAGAGGGGCUUGCUUGUCGGCUUCAUCUUCAUCGUUUUUUAGCCUUAAUUCGAGAGGCCUUCCUGGUAACUGCUCAUUCGCUGCAUAUGCUUUGCUCUCCCAAAAUCCAAGCCUUGGGGCAGCGAUGAACAUAAACCCUCUAUCUCGACAGCUUAAUUUUGCAAGUAGCGCCGGGAAUGGGGUCAACAGUCUAAACGGCUUAUCAAAUGGGAAUAAUCUCUGGGCGGGUAGGAACAUAACCACCAGUAUGGGCAAUAUUCCUUCGAAGGCUGCCUCAUCCCUCAGCAGCCUCAGCUCCCUCAAGAACUGCACGCUGAAUAAUGGUGUUAUUGGGACAACCUCCAGGAAUAUGGAUUUGGCUUCUCGAAUUUUGUGUGAUCUUCCGCAACCCAACCGCAUUAUCUCCGGUCCCAACUCCUUAGGAGGAUCGUCUUUGAUGUUGAACGGUUCUUCUUCACUCGUAGCGAUGGGUAACGCAGCGCGGGGCGUGAACAAUAGCAGUAGCAGCUUUCUGAACAAGGGAAAUUCUUCUGCUGACCAGGCUACCACCAAGCGAUUGCUUGAAGAGCUGACUCUCUCCAGGCUGGUCGACCUCCAAAAGCAACGGGAUCAGACUAUCAGUGCAUAUCUUUCUUUGGAAAGGGGAACAGGUGGAUCUUCCGCUGGGAGUAGCAUAUCCCCAAUCGAACGGUUAUUUGAAAACGUGAAUGGUACUAAUUCUUCUGGAAGUUCUGCAAAAACCACUCUCGCUCUCCCGUCCGAUAUAAACAGGAAUCACAACAGUGUAGCCAACAGCACCCCCGACUCCCUCACACUUUUGCUGCAGCUCCAAAGCAAUAGUAGUAGCGGCACAAACAUAAAUCGGAGUCAUCGUCAGUUGGCUUCUGUUUCCACUGGAAAGAAUGCACUUCGUGUUUUCAAUUCGAUUUAAAUUGGUUGACAAGUUCCAAAUUAUAUUUUGCUUGCUUUGGCCAGGCAACCAAUCGUCGGAAGAAUAAUUCAGAUGCUUAUGA